CAUUUUACCCUCGCAUCUCCUCAAAUCCUUGUUAAUUCUCCAUCAAUUUGUCCUCGAAUUAGGUUUCUCUUUCAAAAUUUGACGUAUUGAAUAUUCAUUUCUGAGACUCAAUUCGUUUUAAGGACUUCAUUUCUGAAAUUUCUUCUCUACAACUUCAUUUCCCCUCACAGUUCGACUGAAGCCCAGCAAUUGAUGGUGCCAAAUUUGGGUGAAGCUCAUCUCACAACCCCCCACACUCCCGCGCCGCUACUUCAAGAGGUUGAGAUUUUGAUGGAGCAUACCACACUGAGUCCAACGAAGAGGGUCUACUAGAAGAUGGUAAGAUACGAGUAUGAUAAUCCCGUCAAUUUGUCUGUAUUCAUUCUUCCCUAAUUUCGUGUUUAUCUUUAGUAUUUAUUCUCGAGCCAUUUUUAUGUUCUGCCGCUUUUCGUUGAAGCUCAGUUUAACUUGAGAAUCUCUAUAGUGUUUCAAUUCCUGCUUUUUGUGAGAUUUCAUUCGAGGGUUCCAUGCCUAUUUCAUGAAUCUUAUAGUGAUGGAGAUCAAAUCAUAAGAGGCAUAAUAUUAGUCUUUUUUUUUAUCCUUGUCCAUGCAGAUGCAACAUAGCAGGUUGCUUGGGAUGGAGUACAUGUCACAAAAGAUUUUGUUUGCUAGAAGAAGUAUGAAAUUUCCAACGUUAACUCUAGACUAUCUUCAUGCUGACUUUAAUAUCAUAGAAGUCAUCAUUAGUUAGCUUAUUAAUCAGUUAGUUAUUGUGAUGUAGAUUGUAGCAUUAUAGAAAUAUUGACUAUAAGAUUUGACACUCUUUCAAUUGUUAAUAAUAUCAUUUUGCUUAUACUUGGUGGCCGAGGAUUUUAAUACUUUUAACACAAGCAUUUUUUGCAAUUAGUAAUGAGAAAAUUCAUAUUAAUUUGUUAGUCAUAGAAAAUGCUGUGACUAUUGAUUUGUAAUUAAUCAUAGUAAGUUACCGUGACUAGUUGUAGACGUCUAGUCACGGAAAAUGAUUUUAUCAUAGUUAAUACCGUCCUAAAAAAAACACAUAUCGUCUUUAAUUGUUUUUUUACUAGGAUAUUUGCUCCAAAAUUUGACAUUAGGCAUGUUAUUUCCCGUGAUUAAUAGACACAAGUUAUCAUGGGAAAUUAUAUCUUGACUAGUAUACGACUAGUUAUACUAGUUACAGUACAACUUUACCGUGACCUUUACAAUUAGACACGGAGGUAUAUAUUACGAUAAUUUUCCAUGAAUAAAAUUAUUCCACACAGGAAACACACUAUCAAACACGGGAUUUCCCAUGACCAAAGGAUAUUUUUCCCUGUAGUGCGCGCCUGCUGCUUAUUGACAGAAUUCAAACUUUUUCCUCGGAAGAGUCUUUUGUACACAUGUCUGAUCUAUUUUCAUCGGUAUAGACCUUUUUCCAAUUGCACCUACUUCGUUUCAAGUAGGUCUCAAAUCCAGUGAUAUCGAAUAUUGAUAAUUAUUGUGUUCCAUUUUCUCAGGCGGAGGAGGCGGGCAUCAAGGUAGUAUUAAUUUAAUCAAACAGGGUAUGAAUGCGUUUAGUCUUUUAAGUUAUGGAUUUCAAAGGAACAAUUGAAGGUGAAAAGAGAAAAUUAUGGGGGGAAAGAACUGCGGAAAGAGAGAAUACAAAUGUCACCCUUUUAUACAAUAACACGUAUCGACCCACUGUGAAGGCUGUAACUACCAGUGGCUUGUAUUGUAGCGUAAAGUUUUCUUCCCUACUUUUGGAAAGAGAUAUGAUAUCAAUAUAUAUAAAUAUAAAUUAGGAAUAAAGUUCCAAUGGCAACGUGUGCACCUUAUUAGGGUUUCGAGAACUACAUAUUGAUGGAAAUAUGGAAUAUUAGUACGUGUGGAAAAUAGUUAUAGAACGUGAUGGAUGAUCAUGUUGUAAUUUUUACAGAUGUAUAUAUGUACGGGGUGGCAAUUCGGUUAUUUCGGUUAUAACCGAUAACCAAUUGCCCGGUUAUCGGUUAACCGAAAUAAACACCCCAUUUACCGAAAACCGCCCGAAAUAGGCUUCGGUUUCUCGGUUACCUCGAUUAUCGGUUAACCGAACCACUUUUAAGACCAAAAACCAUUUUGGCCAACUUCCAAUAACUGACCGAAGUUCGGUUACCAGUUAGUGGAUAAUUGGCUGAUUAUCGGUUUAACCGGUCGUUUAACCAAUAACCGGUAAUCAAACUGCCACCCCUAUGUACUAGAGAGAUCAUUUGGAGAAAUACCGUUUCGAAUAAAGAAGAUGAGUAUCUACUUGAUAAAAAUAUUUAAAUUAAAAUCAAUAAUGAAAUAUAUAAAAGACAAUGAAUUUUGUACAAAUUAAAUACACCAUAGCGACAAAUAAAUGUUCCGAGUUCCAGUACUAAAUUAUAAACCUACAAAAUUUUUGUGUCUUACCAUCCUUAUAAGAUUAUAGAUAUCAUGAAUUGUAAAAUUCGUAUUAGGCAAGGUUUGUAAAAUUCCGUAUUAGGAAAAGUCAGCGGUACAUAUUUUUUAAUUUUAUGGUGAAAAUGUGGUUUAACUGUAGUUCAACUGUUAAUACCGUCUAUCGCGGUUUAGUCCCCGACAGUACUGAUAUUUCGCGAUUGAACCUCCUGUGUACGAUACAGUUUCACAAACGAUGGUAUCAGGAAUGAUAAAACACCGAAAUAUGUAAAUUUAAUCUUUAUCUUUUUUUUUUUUGGGUUGUUAUGUAACUACUUUCCUUUUCUUUCCCUGAACGCUUUAACUUCAAGUUUAGCUAUAGCUGGAAACAAACAAAGCCAACUUGGCGAAGCUAUAAAUAGAGAGAUGGGCAUAUGAGGUUGGAUCGUACCACUUUCACAUACUCACACAUACAUCUCUCAAAAAGGGAAGAAUAAAAUACAAAACAGAAUCAUGAGUACCGGUCCGAUAUUGGCACUGCCCGAAUUCUUUGCCCUGAAGAGCAAGUCCAACGGCAAGUACCUGCGGUACGAGCCCAACGCCAAUGGCACGCUCGAGUUCUCCGGCGACAAGAUCGUGAGCCCUUUCGUCAAGUUCCGUGCAGAAGCAGUCGCCCACCGGCAGGCCGGAGGAGGAGGAGGGUCCACGACCAUGUACAAUCUGAGUUGCUGCUACAACAACAAAUACUGGCGGAAAGCCAGCCAACCGGGGAGCUUGAUCUCCGGAGGAGCCGAUGCCCCUGAGGAGGACACGUCUAAAUGGGCCUGUACACUCUUCAAGGCCGAGUUCGAUGGCAAGGGAGUCGUUCGGCUCUUGCACGCCGAGUCCAACUCGUACCUGGGCCAGUCUGGGCCCGACCGUGUACUAGUGGUGGGCCGGCGGGAGCAGGCCGAGGUUUGUGAGGUGGUGGAUUACUCGGAGUCGGUGGUGCUGCUGCCUAAGCUCGUGGCGUUUAAAGGAGACAACGGCAAGUACGUCAAGCAUGCAAGCAUUCACGUUCCCCCUCCGGCUCCUCUUUCUUUGAUGAUGCCUGGUUCUUGGCUGCUUCCAAUACUAGGUGCUCCUGCUAUUAUAGGUUCAGAAUUUAUGCCCGAUAUGUCGUACUGGGUGAAUGCACUCCAGUUCUCGGUCGAUACAAUCGAGGACUUGUCUGCGGCGCACCACGUGUUUGUUAACCCGUCGGAUGCCACCAUUCGCAUACAAUCCGUUGCGACGGGGAACUUUUGGAGGCGGGAUGCGGACCACGAGGACUGGAUUCGAUGCGACUCAACCGACGCCACCUUCGACAACAAGGACACGGUGUUUCAGGUCGUCAGGGUGGCCGAGUCUGGAAAAUCCGAAAGCGUUCGGGUCGCCCUCAGGAACUGCGGCAACGGCCUCUUCUGCAAGCGAUUCUGGGAUCCCAAAAUCGGCAGCUGCCUCAGAGCGAACGCGCAGCACGUGGACGGAUACUCGCACCUCGCGGUGGAAGAGCCUGUGAAGCAGAGGCGCAUCUUCGACGUGGACGUCCGCAGCGACGACGCCAGAACCGUCACCGUGGCGACCAUGAAGGACCCCGAGCGGGGGAUUCUUCCUAACGCAACCUCGACGGCAAGGAAGGUGAAGCACAAGUUUGUGGUGACGGAGACCGCCUCCGCCACCUGGAGUCGCACCAUGACCUGGAAGAUAGGCGGCAAGCUCAGCAUAGAUUUUAAGAUCCCGGGAUUGUUUCUGGACAAGUUCCUCGGCGGAGCAAAGCUCGAGCUCUCGGGCGAGUACUCUGAAGGAACGAUGAAGGGAGAGACCAGUACAACCACCAAAACCAAGGAAAUAGAGGAGGACUACACCGUGCCUCCGAUGAAGCAGGUGAGGCUUACCCUGGAGGAGAGAACCACCACUCGUGAAGUUCCCUUCUCCUACUCGUACACCGACAAGCUUUACAACGACGAAGAAGCUAUUACCUAUCGCCUCGAAGAUGGCCUCCUCAAAUCUACCACCACCAGUGAAGUUAUCAUACCUAUAGAGGAACCCCUCAAGCUCUAAGCCGAGCUCUCGCUCCUACGUAUCCUACGUGCAUGGCGUUCAUCUACGUCUCGCUCACUAAAUAAUCAUCUACGGUCAUCAUAUGUUAGUUUGAAAAAUAAGGUCACGUGUAUUUCGUCAGCACGUGGAGUCAUUUCGUUGAAGUACGUCGUUUCGGCGUUAAAGAGUAUGUGUGCCGUAAUAUAAUAGUUAAGCGUCUUAAAAGCUAAGGCAAAGGGUAUUUGUCUUGGUUCAUUGGGAGUCUUAUUGAUUGUGUGUGAUGUUUUGGCAGAUGCAAGCAACUCCAGUUUGUGGGUUGCAGCUGUGAUAAAGAGUCAUUUUGGCGAGACCAGUGGAACUGGGUGUGUGAAAGCAACCUAGCUUUUUAUUAAAUUAUUGAAUAAAGUAUGCAGUUUGCUCGCUAUUUUCUGCUAGCAAGUAGCGUGAUAUAUAUACUAUUUUUUUCAAAAAAAAAGUAGCGUGAUAUAUAUACUACUUUAUUGAAUAAUGAAUGAAAGCAUUUUUCAAAAAAAAAAGUAGCGCGAUAUAUAUACAUAUAUAUAUAUGAUGAAUAUAUGGGUUUUUAGGUGUAAUAUGUCACUCUAUUAUAUAAUUUUAUAAAACAUAUUUCUAUACUAUUUUUUUUAUCAAACGUGCGAUGGCGGAGCCAGAAAAUUGGUCAAGCGGGUGUCUUUAUCAUAUCAUAAAAAAUUACCUAUACAAUAGAAAUGUCAACUUUAAAAGAAAUAAAAAGUCAACAUCGCAAUCAGUGGCGGAUUCAGAAAAUUUUCACAGGGGUGUCCUCUUCAAAAAUUAAAUUUAAUUAUAUAAUAAAUUAAAUAAUUCGUAUAUUAAAAAUAUCAUACUUGUAUAAUUUGUAUAAAUUUUUUAUUAAAUAAUAAAUUAAAAUUCAUAUUUUGAAAAAAAUAAUAUAAAUAAACUUCGUGUCUGCACUGUUCAAAAAAAAUCUACAUAUCCUACUAGACAAUACUUCACGAACUUAUCACAUAUUCGAUUUCUAACCUUGUUCUUAAUGUAGUCAAAGUAGAAAAGACUCUUUCAACACUUGCCGUGUAACCAUAAGAUCAAUUCAAAAUUAAGGGAUAACACGGACUACCACUUAAUUAGAAUAUGUUUGAUAAUAGUAGUGUCCUAGGUUGGAAUAACACGGACUACCACUUAUAUUUUGUUAAUCAUAAGCAAACUAUUAUCGAGGGUAAAAUAAUCAUUUUUUCAAAUGUUAGGGUGUCCCGGAUUACCAAUUAUAUUUUGUAUACGCAUACGAAACUACUACCGGAGGUUGGAUAAUCGUUUCCCCAAAUUUUAGGGGUGUCCCGGGACACCCCUAGAGGCCCAUGUAUCCGCCCCUGAUCGCAAUACUCUAAAUUCAUACAAUUACAUUAAAAUAGUUUCACGUUCACCGGUUACAACGUCAAACAAAUAAGUUCAGUACAUACAAGUCAAGACUUCCAUUCAUCAAAUAUUGCAAAUUAGAGCUCAGAAGUACCUUGAAUUGAUUUUGUGAAACAAACAAGUGAGCUUCAACUGGUACUUCUUCACUUUCAGCUUUGUUUAAACAAAAGACAAGAAAUUUCUCUGUUGUAGAGCUACAAAAGAAAUGAGCGAGUUUAAACAAAAGACAAUGAUUUAUUACUUUACUGUCGAGAUGGUAAGAAAUUCUUCUUACAGCUGAAUGGUCACUGGUUUUAAUUUGUAUAUACCCUUACUCGAGAAUUUUUUUCUCCAAGCUCAAAGGGUGCAAGCACCCCUCCUCUCCAAGUGACUCCGACUCUGGUAUCAUCUCUCUCGCCUCCCAUUUCCCUUUUCUUUAUCUCUAGUUCGUGUUCUUAUUUUCUGCUAAACAGGCUAGUUUUGCUCAAAGAGCUAUAUUCUUGGUAGCUUGGCGGGAUUCCUUGUUUGAAAGGAUUGGGCCAGGAGCUUUACUCAUUUAGCAAGCUAGCCCUGUUCAGGAAGGUCAGUAUUGGGCCAAUGGAAUAACCAAGCCCAAUAAGUUUCCAAUGGUGAAAUGAAAUCAGCUGCACAAGACGUUCCACUAGUUCUGCUUGUAGUUUCACACAUAUGACAUACCCACCGAGAAAAGCAAGUAGCGCGAGGACGAAGAUAGUGUAGAGCUGAGCUGCAGAAGGUCGUCGACAACAAACCUGAAUUGGGGGACUCAAUUUUACAAUACUCUGCAAAGUUCAAAAAGAGGAUGACUAAAAAUUAUUCCAAUGUAUAGAAAUCAAGUUUGUCAAACCGAUUUAAAUCAUUAACCUGAUUGUCAAACCGAUUUAAAUCAUUAACCUGAUCAAGUAAGGGGUUUGAGGUUUAAUGGUCUGAUCGGGAUCCGGUCGGUUUGAGUCGUUUUAGACAUUCUCUAAAUAUACAUAUAAAUAAGGUAUUAAUUAAAGAUUUAAUGACUGAAAUUAAAUUUAUCUUACGUGUAUCUAUUAAAAACUUAUUUUCCACAAAAUAAAUCUACCUAACCUUCAUGACCCAUACACCAUCUCCCUUCAUUUAUUCCUCUUCCUCCCUCCCCCCCCCCCCCCCCCCCCCCCCCCUUCUUCUUGUCCCUCUUUAAGGGUCGGACCGGGUGGCUUUCUGGAGGCCGUUUUGAAGUCCAACUUAGGUCGGUACGGGGUCCAACGGAGGUUCGAUAGGGGUUUAACAACCUUGAUAUAUAUUAAUAUUAUAACACGACACCAUUCCACUCAAGUAAACCAAAGUUUCUAAUGUUCUCUAAAGUACUGGUUUUCGAGUUUUGAUGUGCAAAUUAAACUUAUAUUAUAAUGUUAAAAGUACAAAUUGUAAUUAUAUCAUAAAAAAAUUUAUAUAUUUAAAAUUUAUGAUGUGGUACAAAUUAAGUUUGUACUAGUAACAUAUAUGCACAAAUUCAGUUUAUUAUACAAAUUUCUUUAUAGGUAUAAACUGAAUUUACACUAUAGCGUCAAAAAGUACAAGAUCAAUUUAUCACGAUUUGUUUUUAUAAACCAAAACACCAAUACAGUAAUACAUAGUAAAUCUCCUCGACUACCAAAAUUCCACAAUACUCUUACUAAAAAAUUUACCACCUUAUCGAUCGUAUGCAUUAUCUUGAAACAAUUCCAUCUGAGAAGCUAGAUAUUAUGUUGGUCAUUGGUUAAUCAAUCAACUUUCUUCCAAGUCGCAGUAACUUUAAGCUGCGGUCAAUGUUUCCCAUCCCAUCCUUUUGAAUAAUGACAGACAAAGUCGCUCUCAGUCUCAGAGACGGCCGAAUUGACUUUUAUUGGAACGGAGAAUGGAGAUCCAUAUGUUGCUUCAAAACAAUAGUGUCCCAAGUCCAACUUCCUUUGCUAUAUUAUAAAAAAGCGGAUUAACGUUU